AUGAAACGUGGAUCGGGUGGCAAACCUGCUGCUGGAAAGACACGUGGCGGCAGCAGCGGAAAGUCCAAUCCCAAGGACAAGGCAUCGUCACGGAAAACUACCGGUUCCGUGCAGCCCGCUAGCCGGCUAGUCGCCAGCAAUCGUGGCCGAGGACGUGGGGGAACGACAGCAGGGCGAGGAGGCAAGGCCGGCGCAAAAUCCGCCAAGCCCGCGAAAUCACCGGCUCCGGCGGCGGCGGCGGAGGAGGACGUUGAGCUGUCAGACGAGGACGUGGCGUUCUUCGCGCAGCACCAGCACUUCGCGCGCUUCCUCUCGGGCCUCGAGGAGCAGCAAUUGGGCAGUGAAACCAAGGGAGCUAAGCCGAAACUGCCUAGACCAGAUCGUGCUGAGAAAGGAAGCGAUGCUGACAGUAGCGAGGAUGAUGAAGGGGAGAAGGAGGCUAGUUCCGAUGAUAACGACUCAGAAGGUUCAGAUGCGAGUGAUGACGUGGACGAGGAUGACGUGGAAGAGGACGUGACUGACGAGGAUGAGGAGCUAGCGGAUGAAGAGGAAGAGGAUGAAGAUGGCGCCGCAGCGGAUGCGCGGAUGACGGGAGACGAAGAUGAGGAGGAAGAGAAGGAAAUAGAAAUGGCGGAGGACGAGGAGGAAGAGGAGGAGGAGGAUGACGAGGAGGAGGAAAUGGAGCCUGUGAUUUCUGACGACGAGUUUGACGAUGAGGAUGAGGAGGAGGACGAUGAAGAGGAGGAGGAGGGUAACUUUAGCGACGACGACGACGAUAUUGACGAAGUGAUGGUCUUCGCUGAUUCAUCAGCGGCUGGUCUCGGCUCUCUGCCCCAGAAAGGCGCUAAAGGGAAGGCGGGGGAAGCGCGCCGAGCGGACAAGGGGAAGGGCGGAAGGAAGGGGGAUGGGGCGGAAGGGGAAGAAGAAGAGGGUGCGGAGGCGGAGGGGGAAGAUGAGUCGGAGGAUGAAGAGGCGGAGUACGAGAGGGGAUCCCGCCGCCCUGGGUGGGCUGCGCCAGCGGGUGCCGCGGGGAAGUUUGCGCCGAAACCCCGCGCCGCUUCCGCGGGUGUGGGAGGAGACGCGGAGGAGGUUGCGGUGGAAUUGGCAGCAGGGGCGGAGGGGGAGAAGAAGGGUUCAAUGCGGGGUUUCGGGCUUAUAGCGGCGAGGGACAAGGGUGUGUUGGUGGAUGCUGUUGACGCUCUGCCGGUUAAAACCCUUGACGGCCGGCUGAUGUUCCGCGCGAUUGAAGUGGCGGAAGGGGCGGAGGGAGAGAAAGGGGAGAAAGGGAAAGAAUUGGCCGGGGAGAAAGAGGAUGGGAAGAAAGGGAGGAAAGGGAAGAAGGGGGAGGAGGGUAAGGGAGGUCCGAGAGGAGAGGAGGCGGAGGAAGGGGAGGAGGAGGAGGAGGGCGAGGGUGGGGCGGCGGAGGGGAAGGAAGCAGGGGCUAGGAGGCAGCCGAAGGAUGCGUCGAAGCUUACCCUGCAAGAGCAAGCCAUGAUGGAGUUGCAGGAGGAGAUGUCGGUGGAGGAGCGGAGGGCGGCAGUGAAGAAGGCUAUAGCGCGGAUGAGCACGCAAAUUCUCGCUGACCCCGAGACUCACAUCGGCAUGUUGAAGUCUCUGCACAAGCUGUGUUUGGAUCUAGACGCCAUCGUGGCGAGCCUCGCAGUUCUCUCGCUGACAGCAGUGUUUAGAGACAUCAUCCCCGGCUACCGCGUGCGCAUGCGCUCGGAGAAGGAGCGCGCGAUGGUGAUGAGCAAGGAGGUCAAGAAGCGCUGGCUCUUCGAGGAGGGCCUGCUGCAAUCCUACCAGUCAUUCGUCAACCUCCUCCUGAAGCACGCAAAGCAAGCUGCGCGCCGAGCCGUGUCAGUGCGCGCCAUGUGCGGACUGCUGCGCGCCGCUCCGCACUUCAACUGCCGCUCGGAGCUCAUCCGCGCCAUCAUUCCGCGCAUGGACCUCGCGGACGAUAGCAUCAGCUCCCUCUGCUGCAACACCAUAGCGGAACUCAUGCGGGAGGACGGGCGGCACGACGGAGAGGCCACAGUGGAGGCGGCAGAGCUCGUUGCUGACUUCAUCCGCCAACGCUGCUGCGUCACGCGCCCUCAGGUGCUGAUGGUAUUCCACCCCCUUGAGUUCGACGACGAUCUCCUCCAAUCCGCGGAGGGCCGCGGAGCCGGGGGACCGCGCGGAGGCGCAGCGCGGAAAGCUACCUGGGGCGCGGCGGGGGGAGCAGGCGGAGCGGCGGAAGGGGAGGAGCAGCAGCCGGGGAAACCCAAGUCGAAGAAAGAGCGGAAGCUGGAGAAGCGGAAAGAAGCCGCGCGGAUGCGCAAGGAAGUAGAGGGGGAUUUCAGGGAGGCGGAGGCAGUGCGGGACGAAUCCACGCGGAAGCAGCAGCAGGCGCGCGUGCUAGCAGCCGUGUUCGAAGCGCUUUUCAGGGUAGUUAAAGCCGCGGCUAUGCUGCACCAGCCGCGCCCCACGGACGGGUCCGGCGCGCUCUCCCUCCCCCCGCGCCCGCUGCUCCCCUCCGCGCUCUUCCUGAUUGGUCACUUUUCGCAUCUGCUGUCGGUUGAGUAUCUGCCGGAUCUGCUGUCCAUGUUGCGCCAGCUGGCUGCUGACGUGGCGACGCCGCUAGACGGGGACGAUGAUGACCUGGCAGGAGGAUGGGGGGAGGGGGGAGAUGGGGGGGAGGCAGGGGGAGGGGAAGUGGUGACGUGGGAAGGGGGGAGGAGGCGGAGAUUAGGGCUGAGACUGGAAGAUAGGCUGACGUGCUGUGUGGUGGCGCAGAGGGUUAUGAAGGCGAAUCUAGAUUCACUGAAUGUGGACAUGCGCGGGUUCGUGACCCUCGUGUAUCAAAUGAUUCUCGAGGCGCCUCUCGUUCCCGCGCAGGUCGCGGCCCUCUCGUCAGAAUCACCCUCUGUAAAAGCAUCCUCGUUGAAGGCACCGUCGGAGGAAGCGGACUCGUUAGAAGAGGAGGUGAUUACGCCAGGGGGUAGCGCGAUAUCUUCGUUAGAAGCAGCUCUGGUAUCCGCGUUACAGGAGGUGUUCAUGUCGUCGGGUCACAGGCAGGCGGACAUGACACGCUGUGCUGCGUUUAUCAAACGGCUCUCCGCCGCUGCCCUGCAUCUCUCUGCUGCCGGCGCUGUUGCUGUGCUGCUAGUGGUGCGGCACCUGCUCCUCCGCUAUCCCCGCUGUAGAGUGCUCCUAGACAAGGACCCAGAUGACGAUCUGCACGCUUCAGGGGGCGGCCUUGGCCCCUACGGCGGCCUAGCGCGCUAUGACCCAGCAGCAUCAGAACCUGAGCUCUCUGCAGCCCUCACAUCAUUCCUCUGGGAGCUCUCCCUUCUCGCCCGCCACUACCACCCGCACGUUGCCAGCCUGGCACGCCACGUCAGCACCAUUGCCACGUCAGCCGCCGCCGCCGCUGCCCCCGGCAAGCCAUCCAAGGGGGUCGCUGACCCAUACCAGAAGGGUCAGCCGCAGAAACAGCAGCAGCAGCAGCAGCAGGAGGCAGGCGGUUCGUCAGGUGGUUUUUCAGGUGCUACUGAUCUGCUGCUGCUAGCUGGCACUCAGUGGGGGGCGGCUAUGAAGGCAGGGGCAGGAAGCAGCAAGGGAGGGAGUGGCAGGAGAGGAGGGAAGGGCAAGGUGAAGCAACCACAGCAGUUGAAGCAGCAAGGUUCAGUGGAAAUGAAGAAGCAACAGAUAGCAGCUGGCAGUGCUAUGGGAGUGGUGGCAAAGCGAGCCAAGAAGGAGGCGGCCGCUGCCUGA